AGUCGGAAGCCCUCUCCUGAUUUUCCUGGACGCGGCCGGCAGGAGGAGGCGAGAGCCUGAAUGUGGUUCCCAGAGCCUUGGGUAGGGCGCAGUCUGAGGGUGCAGCCCUAGGCAGACUCCCGCAAAGCCUUACCCCUGAACGCCCACGAGGCGAGGAGAAGCUCCGCCAAGAGAACUUUGUCACUUAGGUCCUGCUCACUGGCACCUGAACGAACGACUUCAAGCCAACGUGGGUCUCUCACUCGAAGAAUUGAAAGACUGUUCUCUCCACCCUGACAGGGGUAGGUGGACCGGGGUGAGGGAUUGGGGGGAUUGGGAGGUGUAAGCUCUUGACAAAGAUUUGUGGGCGUCAAACACCAUAUUUAUACACACCGGAAACCCUGAAACAAACAUCUGCAACGCAGGAGAUUUUCCGGGGGUCGUGGGGGGGGUGCAGAUUUGAAGGUUCUACCUACAAAGGUUUGGUGACUGGGACUCAAACCACCUUGAGGCGCCCAAGACUCAGGAACGGGGAGCGGGGAGAUUCUGGUCUUCAGUGUGCCAAGCUCAAGUUCUCGGUUUGAACUCCCAGUGGGCACCAGGGGUAAGGAACCACCUAGUUCCCCAGUGUAGAACAGUCCACAACUCUGGCAAGGGCGCAAGAGUUACUGGAGGAAGAUAAGAUUUUGGCCUCUGGAGGAACAAGGUGCAGGGACUUUCACAGGGAACCGAGGUUACCAGCGCCCGCCACUCUCUCAGCUCCAACGAAGCAGCAAGCCUGCAUUCAGCCUCCAAACUCCCACCCCAUCUUUGGUUCCCCCACCACUGCUGCUCACCACCGGCUACUUAGGACCUGGGGGCGCAGGGGCGGGGCGGCAGGAGAACUGGACUGUGACAGGUGCGCCCCUCCGCCAAUCGCCGGACGGACACCCCUCCCUGGGUCCCCGCUGCUCUCGCCAAUCCCAGACCGCGCUGAGCUUCAAGUGUGCGGAGGGGCGCGGAUCCCCACCAAGGCGCCAGCGGCCUCGGUGCUGUCGCUUGAGUGCUAGAGAGCAUAGAACCGGCCUCCCCAACCUAAACUCGCAGAAGCGCUCGCGUGGGAGUUUGUGCUAGUGAGUGGAGCGCGGUCGCCGCAAGCGAGGACCGCAAGGAAGAGGCGUCUGGACCAUGGUCGCUCUCGGCUGAGUUUCCGACUGCGACUUUGAUUAUUGGCAAAUAAUCGCAGUAAGAAUACCGAGCCCCAGGGCUGGUCACCUUCACGCUCAGUCUCCGCAAGCCUGCACGCGACCACGUCGCCCACCCUUGGGCACUUAUUCUCAGCUCCAAACGAGCCGAUGGAAAAAUCCAAAAAUUUCCGCAUCGACGCCCUGCUGGCGGUGGAUACCCCGCGAGCCGCCUCCACUCAAAGCGCGCCGCUGGCCUUGGUCACUUCGCUCGCGGCCACAUCAUCUGGCCCCGGUCGAAGCGGCAGCGGUGGCGGGGGCACCAGUAGCGGAGCGAGUCGCAGCUGCAGCCCCGUGUCCUCGGAGGCCACCACAGCGCCCGGCGACCGGCUGCGGGCUGAGAGUCCGUCGCCCCCGCGCUUGCUGGCUGCGCACUGCGCUCUGCUGCCCAAGCCUGGAUUCCUGGGCGCCGGAGGAGGCGGCGGCGCGGCGGGUGGGCCGGGCACUCCCCACCACCACGCGCACCCGGGUGCCGCCGCCGCCGCCGCCGCGGCUGCUGCUGCCGCCGCUGCAGGCAGCCUGGCACUGGGGCUGCACCCGGGGGGCGCGCAGGGCGGCGCAGGCCUUCCCGCACAGGCGGCUCUCUACGGUCACCCGGUCUACGGUUACUCGGCGGCAGCGGCAGCGGCUGCGCUGGCGGGCCAGCACCCUGCGCUUUCCUACUCCUACCCUCAGGUGCAAGGCGCGCACCCUGCGCACCCUGCCGACCCCAUCAAGCUGGGUGCCGGCACCUUCCAGCUGGACCAGUGGCUGCGCGCGUCCACCGCGGGCAUGAUCCUGCCCAAGAUGCCGGACUUCAGCUCCCAGGCGCAGUCGAACCUCUUGGGGAAGUGCCGAAGGCCUCGCACUGCUUUCACCAGCCAGCAGCUGUUGGAACUGGAACACCAGUUCAAGCUCAACAAGUACCUGUCCAGACCCAAGCGUUUUGAGGUGGCCACCUCGCUCAUGCUCACCGAGACCCAGGUGAAGAUUUGGUUCCAGAACCGCCGAAUGAAAUGGAAACGCAGCAAAAAAGCCAAAGAGCAGGCUGCGCAGGAGGCGGAGAAACAAAAGGGUGGCGGCGGGGGCACCGGCAAAGGCUGCGCUGAGGAGAAAGCCGAGGAAGAGCUGCUGGGGCCGCCGGUACCCGGGGACAAGGGCGGCAGCCGUCGCCUGCGGGACUUGCGAGACAGUGACCCAGAUGAGGAUGAGGAUGAUGAAGAAGACGACCACUUCCCCUACAGCAAUGGCUCCGGUGCCCAUGCCGCCUCGUCUGAGUGCUCAUCCGAGGACGACUCUCCUCCACCAAGGCCCGGUGGGCCCGGGCACCAUCCUCCGCCUCAGUAGUUGUCCUAAGCGCGGCAGCAGGGACGCGCUGGACGUUUCCAACCCCAUCUGUGGCCUGCAUCCAUCUGACAGCCUGUCUCCGGAUCGUGCAUUCAGGUGCGGGCUCGGGUGGGCGAUCCUAUUUGGGCUCUUGAAGGUCAGCAAGAGAGAGAGAGGAGAGCUCCACUGUGAACUUUUCGUUCUUUUCAAUUUAAUUUCGGGUUGUGUUGGCCGGAGGUGCUUGUGAGACAAACCCAUCCCUUGAGAAGUGGCUCCUGCCUGGCUCUUCCUUCAUCGGAGAAGGGAAAACUUCAGUGUUAAGUGACCUAGAAACUUGAAACCUUUGGAGACACCAUUCUGUUAAGAAUUAAAAACAGAAAAAAAAAAGGUUUUAUGCCUAUGUAUGGGGGAUAUUAUGUCAUAAGCAUUCAGAUUGCUGAAAAAUCUCAGAAUGGUAGUGUAUUUUUGUAUAUUGUAUUUAUAUAUAAAGAAAGAAACGUCUACUUAUGCAUGCUAAAUUAUUAUUUAGCUUCCCCAUUCCCCAGGGUGGAGAUGGAAUGUAAAAUAAAUUGGUUUUGUACUGGAUGAGAGUGGAAAAAAAACCCUUUAAUUUUGGAAGGUGGAGGAUUGACCCCAGGGCCAUGGGCAAGCUAAGCAAGUGCUGUGCCACUGGUCCACACUGCCAACUCAGGAAGAGCAAACCUCGGGGGCCUGGCUGUUUUGGUUGUAGGGGUGGCGGACAGUGUCUACUUAGUGAUUAUCAGCAAAGGGUGAAAAUCAGAACAGCAAAUGGAUGUCAGAAUCACCUCCAUGCCCGGGGGAGGGCCCCCAAGUCUGAACUUAAUUCCAGAGGCUGAAGGUGCAGGAGGGGGUGGGGACCGCAGGUGUGAAGUGUGGCUAAAAAUAUCAGAGGCCAGGUGUCAGAGUGAGCCCAGUGUCUGGCUUAAACCCUGUGCUGUUCGUGACGGAGUGAUUUUGAACACUGUGUUUAUUUCCCAUUUACUUGCUGGAUCUUUUAGCUUUAUUGGCAUGGGAAUAUAGUAUUUAAAUAUUUCGGAGAAUAAGCUGCCAACAACUAGGUGUCAGUGGCAUUUGGGGUCCCAGGGCUAAGCAAGCACAUUUCCCGGAAAAGCACUUAAUGGCGACUUGCAGCGUGUUCUCCUUUUGACUGGGGCCCCUCAGCCUGCACGACAUCCCUUGAGCUAGCCUGGAACGAUUUUGCUGGAUCUGUACAAAUGUCUUCUGAGAGGAAGCGGCAGGCGGCAAGAAUGCAUCCAUGCCAGGGCCGCAAUGGCUCUGGGUUAAUAAACCUCUGCAGCGAACGCCAUCAAUCAUCAGUCCCCGGACCAUGUGCGGCACAGAUGCCGGGCCCAGACCUAGGCGCAUCGGUCCUCAGCAUCUUGACUCUGGCCAGGGAACGCUGAGUCUUCCGGGUCUGGUUCAAUCCCCCCACCCCCACCCGCCACCCCGCCGCCGUUCCCCAUUCCUCCUUGGCUGUCUUGGUGGCCAGCUUUCGACUGAGACCUCUCUUGGGUCUUCCUCCGUUCCUUCACUUUCUCUGGGUGUGGGCGAGCAGCCUCCUCCCUCUUGCUUCUGCCCCCCCCCCUCCCCAGCUGCUGAGAGUUCAGAGGGGCCUGGAGUUUCAU